UGUGUGUUUCUGUCUCCCUCCCUCGCCUAUCCCCUCUCUCUCUCUAUCUGCAGAUUUCAAAACAUCAGUGACUCCUUUCCAUUCGCUUCUUAGUGGCCAUGUAAAUUGGAUCAGCAAAGGCACAGCAACUUUUCCUCCCUGUGCCUCCCCACCCAGCUAUUAAAGAUGCAGAUUUUGAAUGGGCUAUGAAGUUCAUCAAGCAGCUGGUGGAUCAAACAAAAAGGUUUGCGUUUUGAAUCACCGAUCAUUUGCAACUGCAUAGUCCUUUAUACCAGCACAAAACCUGGGAUUUGAUCUCCUUCAAAGCUUUGACAGCAUGUCUUCUCCAACAAUGAGCUCAACUGCGCAGCCAGGUCUUUUGUCUGCAGUUCCUCUGGCAUCUAAAAGAGACUCUACAUUCGACUCAGAUGGAGUUUCAGGACGUGAGCAACUCCUGGCAAAGCAAAGAAUGCACAGCAUGAUCAGUACAGAUGUAAAGUCUGAGGUUCCUAUGGGGUUGGAACCCAUCACACCUCUUGAUUUACGGACAGAUCUCCGUACCGGAAUGCCCAUUAUUGACCCAGUUUUACGAGAGAAGCAACUCCACCAAGAACUCCUACUUAUUCAGCAACAGCAGCAAAUUCAGAAGCAACUCCUCAUAGCAGAAUUUCAGAAGCAGCAUGAAAAUCUAACAAGGCAACAUCAGGCUCAACUCCAAGAACACUUAAAGCAAGAACUUCUUGCGAUGAAGCAGCAGCAGGAACUACUAGAGAGAGAAAAGGAGCACAAACUAGAACAGCAGAGACAGGAACAGGAAGUAGAACGCCACCGUCGGGAACAGCAACUGUCUGUCUCUCGGAACAAAGAGCGAGUAAAAGAAAGAGCUGUUGCCAGCACAGAGGUAAAACAGAAACUUCAAGAGUUCCUCUUGAGUAAAUCUGCAACUAAAGAAACACUUACUAACGGAUCCAGUCAUUCCAUGGGCCGCCACCCUAAGCUGUGGUACACAGCGGCACACCAUACCUCAUUGGAUCAAAGCUCUCCUCCGCUAAGUGGGACCUCUCCAUCAUAUAAGUACACUCUCCCAGGAAUGCAAGAUGCUAAGGAUGAUUUCCCACUGAGGAAAACAGCAUCAGAGCCUAACCUGAAAGUGCGAUCCCGUUUAAAACAAAAAGUAGCAGAGAGGAGAAGCAGUCCAUUACUCCGAAGAAAGGAUGGAAAUGUUAGCAGUUCAUAUAAGAAAAGAAUAUUUGAAGUGACAGAGUCAUCGGUGAGUAGUGGCUCUCCGGGGUCAGGGCCCGGUUCACCAAAUAAUGGCCCAGUUGGCAUAGGCGUGGAAAAUGAAACCUCCAUUGUGUCAUCAAACUGUCAUACAGAGCAUUUGGUUUCACAUCAGCAUUUUGUGCACCAUGAAAAACCAAUAAACCUGCUUAACCUCUACACUUCGCCUUCUUUGCCGAAUAUUACAUUAGGGCUUCCGGCAGCAGCUUCCCAGCUCACUGCCUCAUCUUCAUUAAAAGAAACACAAAUGUAUGACCCUCAGGCUCUCAGGCAGGGGGUAUCCCUGACAGGACAGUAUAGUGCAAGCACCGCUGCGUCUUCAGCUCACACUCACGCCUCUAUGGAAGGGAAAUCUAAUAGCAGCCAUCAGGCCUUACUGCAGCAUUUACUGCUGAAAGAACAAAUGCGUCAGCAAAAGAUUUUAGCUUCAGGUGGGGCUCCACUUCUUCACUCAUCCCCUUUAGUACCAAAGGACAGAGUUUCACCUGCUGGAAGAGUUGCCCACAAACUGCCUCGACAUAGACCCCUCCACAGAACCCAGUCUGCUCCUCUUCCCCAGAACACACUAGCCCAGCUGGUUAUUCAACAGCAGCAUCAGCAAUUUCUAGAGAAGCAGAAACAGUAUCAACAGCAGAUUCAAAUGAACAAAAUGCUUUCAAAAUCAAUUGAACAACUUCGGCAACCUGGUAGCCACCUAGAGGAAGCUGAAGAAGAACUUCAUGGAGAUCAUUCAGCGCAAGAAGAGAGGGCAUCCUCCAUUGUUAACUUAAGAAGUCACAGCACUAUGGAUGUCAGAACUGGACAUAUGGGAUCUGUAAAGGUGAAGGAGGAACCACCAGACAGUGAUGACGAAAUUCAUACACAUCUUGAAUCUCAACAGAAAGCUGCUUUUGUGCAACAGGAGUUCCUGGACCAUCAGCGUAUCCACCAGCUUCAAACCGACCAGACUCAGAUGGACACAGUUGGCAUGGAUGGAUUAGAAAAACAUCGGCCUGUUUCCAGAACUCCGUCUUCCCCUUCUGCUUCCACGUUACCUCACCCAGCUACAGACCAGCCCAUCCAGCAUGUCUAUAAGACUGGUAUUGUCUAUGACCCUGUAAUGCUGAAGCACCAGUGCAUUUGUAGCAACUAUUCCAACCAUCCUGAACAUGCUGGAAGAAUACAAAGCAUCUGGUCAAGACUCCAAGAAACUGGGUUAUUAAACCAAUGUGAGCGUGUUCGAGGUCGAAAAGCCAGUCUUCAAGAAAUUCAGCUGGUUCACUCAGAACAUUAUUCAAUGCUGUAUGGCACCAGCCCUAUGAACAGGCAAAAGCUGGAACCCAGGAAACUUCAAGGUACCCUACCUGAGAAGCCAUUUUCCUUGCUACCCUGCGGAGGACUCGGAGUGGAUAGUGACACCAUUUGGAAUGAGCUGCACUCGUCCGGAGCUGCACGCAUGGCCGUUGGCUGUGUCAUCGAACUGGCUUCCAAAGUGGCCUCAGGAGAGCUAAAGAAUGGUUACGCUGUUGUAAGGCCCCCGAGUCAUCAUGCAGAGGAAUCAACAGCAAUGGGAUUCUGCAUUUUUAAUUCUGUUGCAAUUACUGCCAAAUACUUGAGAGAGAAGCUAAAUAUAGGAAAGAUAUUGAUUGUAGAUCUGGAUGUUCACCAUGGAAACGGUACACAGCAAGCUUUUUACUCUGACCCCAGCAUCCUGUAUAUUUCCCUCCACCGCUAUGAUGAAGGCAACUUCUUCCCUGGCAGUGGAUCCCCAGAUGAGGUUGGAGCUGGCCCUGGAGAAGGAUUUAAUGUUAAUAUUGCUUGGACAGGUGGAUUGGAUCCUCCCAUGGGAGAUAUUGAGUACCUUACUGCCUUCAGGUUACUGGUUAUGCCUAUUGCUAGGGAGUUUAAUCCUGAAUUUGUACUUGUUUCCGCUGGAUUCGAUGCAAUAGAAGGGCAUGGUCCUCCACUGGGGGGUUACCAGCUCACUGCCAACUGUUAUGGUCAACUGAUCAAGCAAUUGCAGACCCUAGCAAAUGGACGAAUAGUUCUUGCUCUUGAAGGAGGACAUGACCUUACUGCCAUAUGUAACGCAUCAGAGACCUGUGUUAAUGUCCUUUUAGGAAAACAGUUGGAACUUCUGCCAGAAGACAUUUUACGUCAGACACCAAACCGGAACGGAAUAGCCUCCUUGCAAGCGACCACUGAAAUUCAGAGUAAAUAUUGGAAAUCAGUGGAAGUAUAUAAGGAAACUCAGUGCAAUUCCCUGGCUGAUAUCCAAGACCGAGAGACAGCUGAGACAGAAGCAGUGUCUGCCAUGGCCUCACUAUCGGUGGAUCCAGUGAAUGACAGCAUGUACGUAUCAUUGUGCAACAUAAACUGAUUACUACAUUUACAAUAAAUACAUUGUAAAAUA